CGCCCACAAACGCACGGCAAAAACCAAAAACCAGAUAGACACAGAGAGAGAGACCGAGAGAGAGAGCGAGAGAGAGAAUGGCAAUGGCGAUGGCGCUUCGAAGGCUAUCUUCGUCCGCACAAAAGCCGAUUCGGGCUCUCUUCCAUGGAAAUUCCCUCCUUUACAUGUCCUCUCUACCAAACGAAGCUGUCUACGACAAGGAGAAGACCGGCGCCACGUGGCCGAAGCAGCUGAAUGCUCCGCUCGAAGAGGUCGAUCCGGAGAUUGCCGACAUUAUCGAGCUUGAAAAGGCAAGGCAAUGGAAGGGGCUCGAACUUAUACCUUCGGAGAAUUUUACUUCAGUCUCAGUGAUGCAAGCCGUAGGGUCCAUCAUGACAAACAAAUACAGUGAAGGAUAUCCUGGUGCAAGAUAUUAUGGUGGAAAUGAGUACAUUGACAUGGCAGAAUCCUUAUGCCAAAAACGUGCCUUGGAAGCAUUUCGUUUGGAUCCGAAGAAAUGGGGAGUGAAUGUGCAGUCGCUGUCAGGUUCCCCUUCUAAUUUUCAAGUUUACACGGCAUUGUUGAAGCCACAUGAGAGAAUCAUGGCACUUGACCUUCCUCAUGGUGGACAUCUUUCACAUGGUUAUCAGACUGAUACCAAGAAGAUAUCUGCCGUGUCUAUUUUUUUUGAGACAAUGCCAUAUAGACUAGAUGAGAGCACUGGGUACAUUGACUAUGACCAGUUGGAGAAAAGUGCCACGCUCUUCCGCCCAAAAUUAAUAGUUGCUGGUGCAAGUGCUUACGCACGCCUUUAUGAUUAUGCACGCAUUCGCAAGGUCUGUGACAAGCAGAAAGCUGUCCUGCUGGCAGAUAUGGCUCACAUCAGUGGGUUGGUUGCAGCAGGUGUUAUCCCAUCUCCAUUUGAUUAUGCAGAUGUAGUGACAACAACUACUCACAAAUCCCUUCGUGGGCCACGUGGGGCCAUGAUCUUUUUCAGGAAGGGGUUAAAAGAGAUUAACAAAAAAGGGGAAGAGGUCAUGUAUGACUACGAAGACAAAAUCAAUGCAGCCGUCUUUCCUGGGCUUCAAGGCGGUCCACACAAUCACACGAUUGCUGGUUUAGCCGUUGCGCUCAAACAGGCCACAACUCCCGAGUACAAAGCCUAUCAAGAGCAAGUUCUCAGCAACUGUGCAAAAUUCGCUCAGAGCUUAACAGAGAAAGGCUAUGAUCUCGUCUCUGGUGGAACAGAAAACCAUUUGGUCUUGGUGAAUCUGAAGAACAAGGGGAUUGAUGGCUCUAGAGUUGAAAAGGUGUUGGAGUUGGUCCAUAUUGCAGCUAACAAAAACACUGUUCCUGGCGACGUGUCUGCAAUGGUUCCUGGUGGCAUUCGGAUGGGAACCCCUGCCCUCACAUCUAGGGGAUUCGUUGAGGAGGAUUUUGCAAAGGUGGCUGACUUUUUUGACACAGCUGUUAAGAUAGCCUUGAAGAUCAAGGCAGAAACCAAAGGUGGGUCAAAGUUGAAGGACUUCUUGGCCACAUUACAGACAAGCUCUCCCAUCCAGUCUGAGAUAGCAAAGCUCCGCCACGAGGUUGAGGAGUACGCCAAACAAUUCCCAACAAUUGGGUUUGAGAAAGCAACAAUGAAGUACAAGGACUGAAGAAGGAUCUUAUUAUACAAGAGGAAAUGUGGCUCUGAUGUCUUCAUUUAAUGGGGAUACAUGAGGUGAAAUUUUCUGCAGGAAUACCAUAUAAUAACAUGGAUGGAAAAUGUUAGCACUUGCAUUGCUAAAGCAAGUGGAACCUUUGCAUUAUAUUACUCCACUGAAAUGUAUAUAUUGACAGAUACCAUGCAAUAUAUAACUUGCCUCGAAUUCAAA